GCUCUUCAGCUGUAAACAUAUGAGAGAUGUGUGCGAUUAUGUUUUGAAGGGAGGGGCUUGCGCUUUGUAGUAGCCUAUUAUUGAAUACCGUGGAGCAGACCGAUCGGAAGGCAGAUUCUGUCUCUCUACAUUGACUUGCCUGCUUCGUGGUUGUUUGCUAACCCGGCGAAAGAACAACCGUUUACUUGCUGAACUCAAUAGAUUUGAGACCCUCCUCAAUGUGGAACAGGCUGAGGCUGGAGUGACUGACACACUGACUGACUGGUGCUCAGAUUCUCUCUCUCUCUCUCCAGGGCGUAACCAUGGACGACGACUUUGAGCGGCGCAGAGAGCUCAGGAGGCAGAAGCGGGAGGAGAUGCGCCUGGAGGCUGAACGGAUGGCCUUCCAGGGUAGUAAUGAGGAUGAGGAGGAGGCUGCAAGGGAGCGUAGACGCAGGGCACGUCAGGAGAGGAUGAGAGGGAUGGGAGGCGAGGAGCCCAGUGACAGCGUGGGGAUGACCAACAGCCACAGUGUAACCGAGACUGUGUCGGUGUCCUCCUCUGUGACCUCCUCGGGUGGAGGAGACGAUGAUGAGCAGGCCCUGCUGGAGCGCAUGGCCAAACGAGAGGAGCGCAGGCAGAAAAGGAUGAUGGAAGCUCUGGAGCGAGAGAAGGAUCAGAACCCCGGCAAUGCCGGUAACCACGGCAGCGGGGAGAAUAGUGUGGAUGAGAGGUCCGUCGGCCGCAGGGGCCGUUACCAAGACAACGAAGAAGAGGUGGAAGAGCGGAACUGCCGAAAGAAGGAGGAGGAGGAGGAGGGGAAGGCUGCUCCGGAGGAGGAAGAGGCUGAGCAGGGAGAGGAAGAGGAAGAAGAGGUGGAGGAGAAACCGAGACGAUCCUAUAUGAGAGAACAGGAAUCCAUUGACGAGAAAACUAGAAACGAGGAAGAUACAGGAGAACAAGCGGUGGUUUUAAAUGAGGUUAAGGAAUCAGUCAACUCAGAGGCAGAGGUUGAAGAAGAUGCUGAAUUAAGUGAUAAGGUAGAGGAACCAGAUCAGUUAGAGGUAGAGGGCACGACAGUGACACCGAACAAUGAGACUGAGGAAGACUGUGACAUACCAACAAUCCAAAAUGGCUUGGAUGUGGUGAAUGAAAAGCAGAAUGGAGGUCUGCACGAGGAGACUCCUCCAAAACACAAAAAAACAGAAAGGACCCUGAGCCGCGGCAGCGUGCGCUCCCCGGAGGCGGGGGCGGAGGAGGAGCAGGACGACGCGGCGAACCUGGAGGCGGAGCGUAAGCUGGAGGAGCUGAAACGGCGCCGUGGCGAUGCGGAGAGCGAGGAGUUCGAGAGGAUGAGACGGAAGCAGCAGGAGGCUGAGCAGGAGCUGGAGGAGCUGAAGAAGAAGAGGGAGGAGAGGAGGAAGAUCAUAGAAGAGGAGGAGAGACAGAAGAAACAGGAGGAGGCCGAGAAGAAGGACAGAGAGGAGGUGGGGUUUGAAGUGGACAAGGAGGAGAGGAGGAGGAUGAAGGAGGAGAUAGAGAGGAGGAGGGCGGAGGCGGCCGAGAAGAGACAGCAGAUGGGGGUGGAGACUGUCGACGGAGAGGCCAAACCCUUCAAAUGCUUCAGCCCCAGAGGAUCCUCCCUCAAGAUUGGUGAAAGGGCAGAGUUUCUGAACAAGUCGGCACAGAAAAGCACGGUGAAGACGUCUCACUCUCCUGUCGUCUCUAAGAUUGACAACAGACUGGAGCAGUACACCUCUGUUGCGCAGAACAAGGAUAUGCGGUCCCCACGCUCCGGUGCCGUGGACCUGCCAAUGGUGACAGAUGGGAUACGUAACAUCAAGACCAUGUGGGAGAAAGGCAACGUUUUCAACUCGCCCGGGGGCGGCGGGGGCACGUACAAGGAAGCAGCUGGGAUGAAGAUAGGUGUGGCGGGCCGCAUCAACGACUGGCUGAAUAAAACCCCCGAGAGCAAAACGCCGGGAGGAAGGCCCGCGGAUCUGAAGCCAGGAGAUGUGACUAACAAGAGAAGUCUGUGGGAAAACAAGGGAUCCUCCCCAGCCAAGGUGACUGGUAGAGGGGAGAAUAAAUCUGUUGCCAAUGCAGGUAUGGGACACGAAUGAUACGAAGAGCUUCUUCUGAAGGCUGGUGGGGACCAAGACAAUCCAAGACUCUUCCUUUUUCUAUGUGUAUUAUACCAAAACAAUAUGACCACCACCCUGAGGGAACCCAAGGAAUGGAGAGAAACAGGAGAUUUUAUUUAAUAAGCACUGUACUGAAACGAAUAGCCACCAUCUCGUAAUCUACAGUGUAGUGCCUUUUGCACAACGAAUUUGCUAUGAUUUACCUUCUCAACAAACAAAAUAAUAUGCUGUGAAAUUUGGAUGUUUUAUGAUAUGGUGAUUUGUUUUAUAUGUAAUAAGCAAAAACUUGCAGAAGAAAAAAAUAAUAAUUGAGAUUAGAUAUAUUUCCCAUGCGCUCUUCAGUACGUGUGUACUUUUGAUAUAGUGGAGAAAUGUUUUUUAUGAGGUUUCCAGUUCCACAAUCAUCUCCGUGUUCCAAAGAGAGAGAUCUACCAUCGAUGCUCUGUCCAUGUCGUCCAUCUCACUUCUUUUUUUAUUUAUAUUUAAAGCAAAGCUUCACACAUAGCUAUUUUAUUCAUGUUCACCAGUUCAGGAGAGAGAUUAUAAGCACUCCGUAGAUUUGGCUUAUUUCACUUUAUUUUGUCUUACCAAUAGUGCAACAACGGUCUGAGUUAAUGUGUUAGCACAGAAGUACACGUCGUUAUGAAUAUUAUACUGUAUCUUCUAUUACAGCUUUAUACUCAAGAUUUGUUUCGCUUUUGUACUCUAAAAUUAAAUGACUACCAACCGACAAGAGGCAAUGAAAGGCAGUGCAAACAACUAAAGGAAAGUUGUAUAUUAAGACGGCUAUUAUAACGUUUAUUAUCCUCGUUUCAAUUUAUUUAUGUUUUUGUUUUUUAACGUGUUUUGUCAUUGGCUGUUUUUGUGGCUUUUGUACCUGCUGUUUUGAAUCUCUAAAUUCACUUUGUUAAACUUGCAAACAACCCAUGAUGCAGCAGGUGUACUUAAGAGUUACAUCCUCAUUUUAGGGACUCUCUGACCCACAACAUUCCACACCACUAAGCACACCGCCGGGCUUAUUCACAUGCAUGCUCCAAUGGCUUCUAUCCAGGAUGUUAAGGACCUCCGCGUUGUCAGUGAGGUUGUCUGAAUAUAGCAGGCCAGAUACACAUUUAUACACCGUGCCUGCACCUUGAGACGGCAUCGGUUUUAAGCUGUAUGCCGCCUUGCCAUUUAAGCCCAAAUCCCAUGUACUAAUAACUAUAGGACUCUGGAAGAAGGGAAAGUGCACAUUUAGAUGUGGACAAUGAUCGAGGAUUGAGUCAGUCAACAGCAGACACAUUUUGACUCCAGAUGACAAUUGCGCUUGACGCUUGUGUUGAGUUUUCUUAAAGUUGCGUUGCGGUAUGUAAGAUCAUGUUUCCAGUACAAAUCCUUUACAUCCAAAAUGGUCUCAAGGCCUUGUUGUUGCAGGCACCGAAUAAACUGUACCUUCCACUUUGCCAACUCAGUUUGACUUCAGCUGUUUCUUUCUUCUUCAUUUUAACGUUUCAUUAUUGAGGAUUAUGCGUUUCACGUUUCGCUCAUUCAUUUUUGCAUGACAUGCUUUGUUGAUAUGGGUAUUAAAUAAAGGUUAUCAGGGGCAUUGAAAGAUUGUUCUGUGUAAACCUUGACAAUCACAUUCCAUGACUCCUUAGAACUACAAGCAAUGGAGUCUGACCAAGAUAUAUAUGACAUUAUUUUACAUUGCUGUUAUUUCAUAUUUUGGUAAUUUAGCUUUUUAUUUCAAACACCCUCAUUUAUUGUGUAGAGUUAACUAUGCAAGGCACACUAUCUGCAGUUUCAGAUCAAACUUUGUGAUGGGAGUGGGUAGUUUCCUACAGAAUAAAUGUUCUGAAAUAUUUGUACCGCUGACUCAACAACCGCAAUAAAGAGAUAUAAAUUGUU